GUUUGGAUGCUUCGAUCAAUAAUACUACUAGAUUCGCGAUUAGCGCUUCAAAAACGGCCCGAAAAAUAAGACCACAAAUAAAUUUGUGGUCUUAUUUCAAAUUAGUAUGGUCCAAUCAUAGCCAACACUAAGACGUCAAAACGCUGCAAUGCGCGUUAAAAAACUGAGUAAAAAACCACCGUAACACCAAGGUUUUGGAAGGAAUAUCUUUUUUUGAUUUCCUAGUAGCCCCUUGUCGCUGUGCACUAUGGAUAUAUAUUGUCGCGAAAGAAAGAGGAGAAGAAAUAUAGAACCCUUAUAAAAAUUCUAGAAUUGUUCAAUGGUGGUGGCAAAUCAAUGCAAAAAAGUAUUAAAAAAACUUUAUAUGUAUGUGUAAAUAUUUUAAGCGUAUAUGCUGAAAAGGAUUUGUUUUCUGGGAGAAACGAACACAGCCAUAAAAUAAGCCUAAAUUAAACUGAUUAUAGAAAAAUUCAUUGAUAUAAGAUUACAUUAUAUUUGUAAAAAAGAAACCGCUCAUAUAAAAAUGACUUUUAAAAGACAGCUUUACAACAAACUGAAUCUGUUUAAAGGUAAUUAAACCUACAUUAUUGUUUUAAUUACUUCUGUAUAAAGAAUACGUGGAAAACAUGUAUCGUGUUUCCUUUCAUAUUUUUUUUACUUUAUUCAAUUUUAUUUUUUAUCACCUAUUUGUUGUAAUAGCGGCAAUGUAAAAUAUUAUCUACUACUUUUUUGAAUCGGUCAAAAAUAGUUGCGACCAUACAAAACAAACCUAAAACAAAUAUGUAUAUUCUGCAACUCUAUGUCUUUCAAUACUUACUGUGUUCUGAGCAUUGAAAUGUAAUACCAAGAACUACAUCUAGUUCCACAAUACAAUAAGCACGAAAUUUUAAACAAAUAUUUUUAACCUUAUAAAUUAGGCUUUAAGUAUCAUUUUAGAAUAAAUAUUUUUGUACUGAUGUCUUUUUAUGUUCAAGUGACAUUUUAAAUUUAUUCCAUAAUAUUCUUUUUCUGACGAAAGGACCUAAAUACAUAUAUUUUGCAAUGGUAAUUAAACUUUAUGUUUAAGUAUUAAGGUUUAGAAUAAACUGAAUUCGUUAACAUUAUUAAACUUUUUCUAAGAAAUGAAGAUGUUUUCGUGUCUGCAAACGUGGCCACUGGAGCGUCUUAUUUUUGUUCCUGAUCUUUAAUCUAGUACUAUUAUUGAUCGAAGUUUGGAUGUACGAAACAGAUUUUACUGUAGAUAGAACUUACUUAGAGUUUUUAAAUAUUUUAAGCGCACUAAAAUUGUGGUAACCAUGCGGCGCUUUAAAAAAAACAAUAAUACAAGUAUAAAAUGAAAAGUUUUGCUGAUUAAAAAUAGAAAGAAACUACAAAAGUAUUUUAUGAAUUUCUUGAGAGGUAAUUAUGAAAGCUUGCAGUACACAGGACAAUAGUGUUGAACGUGAAUUCUGUAAAUUGCCAAAAAGACAGAAAAAAAACCUGAGUAACGAAAAAGCUUCCCUUAUGAGGAGACGAGAAAAUUUUGUAAAAGCGUGUAGGAGGGUGUCCUUCCAGGCAUAUUCCAAUUAUCGCAAACGGAUGCUUUUAUCAUACAUGCCAAGUUGUUUGACUGGAGCCUGCAAGCAUACUAAGGUUAAAGAAACUAUUCCUAAUUAUGCUGUAGAAUCAUUUAAGGUGGAAAUAAACAAUCAUAUGUGGCUAGAAGCUGUGGACAUAUGUCAUAUGAGUAUAUCCCCCCAGUAUUACUUAUCAGACGAUAUUCUAAAGGGUUUAGUGCUUAUAAUACUGAAUGCCCAUGACAGCAAAGAACAAGCAGCAAGUUAUGUUAUUGAUAAAUGCCAACAAAUGCUGUUCCAAAAUUUUAACACUCAUCCACCUUGUUUAUUGAAUUCUGAAAGAAAAAAUUCAGUGCGAGAUUCUUAUAGUCACUUCCUCUUGUCUCAGAUGAUUUUUAAGAUUAAAAAUAAGGAUGAAAAUAAGAUAGUAACUGAAACUGAGAGAGGGAUAGUGACAAGCUGUAUUAAAAGAUUACAGUAUGAGCUACAAAAAGGGAAUCCUGGACCAAUUUUAACCAAAGAAGACUUGAAACCAAAUGAACAUUUAGAUUACGUACAAUGUAUAAAUUUUGAAAAAGUCAUUGAAACAUUUGAAACUUUAAAUAAAACAGAAAGAAUUAUGCGACUUAUGGCUGUUUUAGAAAGUGUUGUAGAACUUUUGCAAUUUGAUUUAGCUAUUUGGUAUUUCAGUUCAGUUACACAUGGUCGGCGAUUGAAAAGAUCAGAUAAACCUCUAAUGAGACUUGUUUUGUGGCCAAAUGAAAAUAUAGAAAUUAAUAAAAAUGGUCUCAGUUUACAAAUCGCUAGGCUGUUUGUUAAUAUGAUACAUCUAAAUUGCCCUGAAGACUAUAUAAAAACUAUGACAAUUUUACUGAAUAUAACAAUAGAAACUAUUUAUCAGUGUGACUUGAACUUUGCUAAUGAUUACCCAAAUUUAGGAAAACAUGUUAGUGCCUAUGCAACUGAAUUCUAUGAAAUUAUUCAAGGUAUGCCGCCCGACACUAUAAUAAGAAUUCUAGAAUAUAUGCAUCCAACAUUCAUCAGAAGUAAAAUUGGAACAAUGUAUCUUCAAAAGGUAUUGAGUAUAGAAGGAGAUUGUUUAUUCAUUAUAUUGAAAAAGUUUUUAGAAGAAUCUCUUUGGAAAAACUUUCCUGUUUCUAAUCGUUUAAUAAAAACAGCCCCAAGUGUGUUUCCUGUACCAAAGAAAAUUUCUCAUAAAUUGAAAUAUUUGCAAAAAAAAUGUCUAUCAGCAAUGUGUGAGGAAGAUUCUGGUGAAAACUUCUGUCAACUCGAUUAUUCAAAACAAGAGACAAGUGUUGUUCAUCAAGAACAAAUGUUUCACAUUUUGUAUGUAUCUUUAGAUGCAUAUUUGGAUGGAUUCAGCAUUCCAGAUCACAGGGAUACUAUUCAUCAGAUGAAUUUGCUUGAAGGAAAUUGUAUAGAUAAUUCAGAAAAUGAUGUUCAAUGCACAGUAACAGAGACAUUUGUAAAGACGUACAAGCGUACUUAUGAAGCUUUGAAAGAAAUCACUCUGUUAUUUGAUACCCUAAAAGAUUCUGAUAGGAUGCCUCCACCUGAUUUAAUAUCUAAAAUGAAAAAUAUUGGUCUCUUUGAUAGUUUACAGUGAGUCUAUUCCGAAAUUUCCAGACGCAUUUGAAAAUAAAAAUCUGAUUGAGCCAUUUGUAAUUAUAGAUAGAUUUAUCUGCACAAAAAUAUUAAGAUUUUUUUAUAGGGCAGGCCGCCAGUGUCAACAUAAUUGUGCAAUAACUUCAUACAUAAAUAUCAGUAAAAUUAAUUUGCAUAUCACUCUGAACCAAAAAUCUGUCAGGUUUGUUUACGCUGUUGUGAUAGUAACUUUUAAAGAUAUUAUAAAACGGAAGAGAAAUAAAUCUUGAUGCAGUAAAGAA